AUGGCUGAUCAAUCCAGCAAGCUAAUUCACGUAGUUGUCUUCCCAUGGCUGGCCUUCGGUCACAUCAUCCCAUACUUCGAGCUCUCCAAGCUCAUAGCUCUAAGGGGUCUCAGAGUUUCAUUCGUCUCCACCUCAAGGAACAUAGAUCGCCUCCCGACAAAAGUCCCUCCAAACCUUGCCACUCUGCUAAGCCUAAUCAGGCUCACUCUACCCAGAACAGACAACGACGUUAUCGGAGAUGCGGAGGCCACCAUUGACGUCCCCUACGACAAGGUCCAGCACCUCAAGAAGGCCUUCGAUGGCCUCCAGAUAGAGUUGACUCGGUUCCUCGAAGCUUCAUCUCCAGAUUGGGUAAUCUACGACUUCGCUCCUUACUGGCUUCCUCCCAUUGCAGCCAAACUGGGAAUUUCGCUCGCUUAUUUCAGCAUAUUCAACGCGUCGUCUGGAAGUUUCUUCGGAUCGUCGAUCACUAUAGUCAAUGGCGGCGAUUAUCGGAGAACGCCGGAGGAUUUCAUUGUCCCGCCGAAGUGGGUCCCGUUUCCGUCCACCGUGGCAUACCGGCUCCACGAGAUCAAGAGGAUGCACAAUACCGUGGACGAGAAGAUCUCCGGCGUCUCGGAUUGGUUCCGGUUCGGCGCGGCGGCGAUAGGGUGCGACGCGUUCCUCGUGAGGAGCUGCAGGGAGAUCGAAUCUGAUUGGUUGGAUCUGAUGCAAGAGCUUCACCAGAAGCCGAUUGUGCCGGUGGGCCUACUACCCUCCACGGCGCAGGAUAGCGACGAGCAGGAUGACGACCACGCGUGGCCAACAAUCAGUGAGUGGCUGGACAAGCAAAACAAAGGGUCUGUGGUUUACGUAGCACUCGGAAGCGAGGUGAAUCCGAGUCAGGACGAACUCACUGAGCUGGCUCUCGGGUUUGAGCACUCCGGGUUAGCGUUCUUUUGGGCUCUGAGGAAGAGCCAUGACUCGGCCGAGUUGCCAGACGGGUUCGAGCAGCGGACGAAAGGGCAAGGGGUUGUUUGGACGAGAUGGGCACCUCAAGUGAGGAUACUGAGUCAUGACUCGGUGGGAGGUUUUGUGACUCACUGUGGGUGGAGUUCGGCCAUAGAAGGACUCCAAUUCGGGCGACCGCUUCUGAUGCUGCCAUUCUUGGGUGACCAAGGUUUGAUUGCGAGAGUUCUGGCAGAGAAGAAGGUGGGCAUAGAGAUACCGAGAGAUGAAGAGGACGGGUCGCUGGCAAGGAACUCGGUGGCCGAGUCACUGAGGCAGUUUGUGGUUGGCGACGAGGGAGCGAUUUACAGAGAGAAAGCGAAGGAGAUGACUGCCAUAUUCCCAGACCAAGACCUCCAUGGCCGCUACAUAGACAAUUUGGUGGAGUACUUUCAAAAGCAUAGGCGUUUCCACAAGGAUCAGUCAUCAGUGAUGCGUAGCGUAAAUGCUUCGGUAUAUUAA